UGUGGUGCCCACGCUUGUUCCUCUAAAAAGUGUGAGAAGGUGGUGUAAAUAUUGAGUGCAACAACCCACAUAUGGAACAGUUGAUGUAGAGAAGUGAAGAAAGCAUGGAUCCACCAGAGAGCUUCACGGGAGAUGAUGAUAAAGAUGAUGCAGAGGAGGAGGAGGAGGAGGAGGAGGAGAAGGAGGAUGAGGAAACACCUAUCGAUGUUGCAGGAUUUUGUCAGGUUUGUCACCCUGGAGUUGGAUUGGGUUUUGCCGUUGUGACGUUUAUUUUCUGCGUGGAAGGUCUUCUGGCGUUCGUGUUAUUUGCCUCCUGGACGGCAGCACCACAGGUGACCCAGACCUCAGCGUCCACAGGACUGAUCCAUCGUCUGCAGCAGUGUCAGAAACAGAGCCAUGAACUGGACCUGAUGCUCCAAACCAUCAGUCAGGACUCCAGGUGCAGUCUGUGUCCACAAAACUGGAUAUGGUGGAAGAACCACUGCUACUUCUUCUCAGUGGGACUUCAGGAGGACCUUCAGUGGAAUGAGAGUGUGAAGUUCUGUGGACGACACAACAGCAGUCUGGCUGUGAUCAAAGACACCUCAGAAAUGGACUUUGUUCAGACGGUGAUGAGAAAGUUUCCACAGUUUCCCUUCCUUUGGGUGGGAUUGACUGACUCCAGGCAGGAGGGUCGGUGGCUGUGGUUGGAUGGGGCCGACGUCCAGCACUACAUGCCGGGGUUGUCAGUAGAGUGGGACUCUGAUCAUAGAGACUGUGCAGACCUCCGUGGUAACAGCAGUCUCUUUGCUGCAGACUGUGACAUGUACGGACCAUGGGUUUGUACGAAGGAGUUUUGACAAACUGCAUGAAAACACACAACACACAUUUUUCAUACUUAUCUGUGUAUGCCGAAAAGAUAGAAUUAUGCUUUUUGUUUUGGCAUUGAAGCUCAUUUUCUUGAACUGAAGACUGUGUUUGUGACGUUAAUUACACUGUGCCAAAGAACUUGUUUAAUGUCUUUAUAUGGAGAUAUGUGGUACAAAAAUAAAUGAAUGGAGACGGGGUAAGAAAA